CUGCUGACGGUGGUGGUGAUCUUCCGCAUCCUGAUCGUGGCCAUCGUGGGAGAGACGGUGUACGAGGACGAGCAGACCAUGUUCAUGUGCAACACGCUGCAGCCGGGCUGCAACCAGGCGUGCUACGACAAGGCCUUCCCCAUCUCCCACAUCCGCUACUGGGUCUUCCAGAUCAUCCUGGUCUGCACCCCCAGCCUCUGCUUCAUCACCUACUCCGUCCAUCAGUCGGCCAAGCAACGGGAACGACGCUACUCCUUCCUCUACCCGCUCUUGGAACGGGACGGCCGCGAAACUAAGAAGACCAAGACGGUCAACGGGGUGCUGGCACCCAGCCCCGAGGGGGGCUGCAAGGAGGAACCCGACUGCCUGGAGGCGAAGGAGCUGCCCG